AUGGAAAACAUUAUGCAACCUUCAUAUGUAGAAAAGAAAAACUCAAAAGGCAAAACACCUCGAGCUUUAUUUACUAAGGAGCACAAAGACUUAGUUGAGAAAGGGGAGGCAUGGAUGAAGAACACCGCCUCCCAGUCUAUGGUUGUUGCAACACUUAUAGCAACCGUAAUGUUUGCUGCAGCUUUUACUGUACCAGGCGGCAAUGACAACAAUACAGGAAUCCCAAUGUUUCGAAAGCAUAGUUCCUUCAUGGUUUUCGCAAUAUCAGAUGCCAUAGCAUUAGUCACCUCUUCCACUUCAAUACUCAUGUUCUUAUCUAUACUCACCUCACGCUAUGCUGAAAAUGAUUUCUUGGAAUCAUUGCCCAUUAAGCUCAUGAUUGGACUCACGACACUCUUCAUCUCCAUAACUACCAUGAUGGUAGCUUUUGGUGCGACAUUUUUCAUUAUUACAGUGAACAAAAUUUUAAAUAGAAUAAGGCCUCACUGUCUGAUCAUUGAGAUCAAUUAA